GUUACCUUGAUCCAGCUGAUAAUCAAUACAAACCUGUAUUAGUCAGUUCUUAUGACCCGGCUGAAUUGGUGUUAAUUGUAGACCCAUCAGUUCAAAAUAUGAUGGAAGAAGAAAUUUUUAGUAAUCGCUUCCAUUAUGAUUUAAAUCAGUUGGAAAAGAAAUUUGGUCUGGUUAUUCAGGUGCCGUUGACUUACGAUGCCAAGGAUGAAGAUGACAAGUUGGCUUAUCAGUUUAUGAUUUUAGACCGUAACUCCUUUGCUAUCCGAUAUGUAAUUAGAAAAGGUAUUGAAAGUAAUUAUAACAUAGAGAAUAUGCAAACUUCUUUCUUCUUACACAGUUGGAUUAUUGCUGGUGCUAUUCCUUUCCAUAAUCAAGUGGCUUGGAAUUCUAAUUUUAAUGGGGGUGGCAAUUUUUCUUCGCAAUUAAGUGUGGCGGAGGUUUUGUUGGUUUUAAAAGAGAUUCAGUCCAAGUUAGCCGAGCAGAUACAGAAAGGGGAUGAUGAUGAGUUAGAAGAAAAUUCUACUAAGGAGUAUAAAAAGGAUUUGGACUCGGUUAUUGCUAAUUUGGAGGCUAAAAAGGUUAAAAAUAAAGAGUGGAUUGAUAUAAAUGGGGAUUUUUCUGAUGAGAAAGUAGAAGUUGACCUAAAAGCCUUCAACAAACAAAAGGAUAUGGAAGAUGGCCUAAAUGCCAUUUUGACCAAAUUAAAACCAAGUACUUUUGCCGAUAGUCAGGUAAAAACUCGCUAUAAAUCUAUUGAAGAAAGCAUUCGCAAAUUUGUUCCCACUCCUACUGGAGGAAAUAAAGAUUGA